AUGGGCGACUUCAACGUCGAACGAGUCCUGAUCGACACCGGGAGCACCGUCAACGUACUAUGCUGGCAAACGUUAGAAAAAAUGGGCGUCACACCAGACCAACUGAAACCCGAAACUCGAACGCUGACGGGCUAUGAUGGGGUCGCUAAGAUGUCAAUGGGCGACGUAAAACUACAAGUACGAGCUGGCGGAGUGACCCGGAAGACUAAGUUCGCAGUCAUUGAUGCACCUCCGAUCUACAACGCCAUUUUGGGGGUACCGUGGAUAUAUUUGAUGCAGGCCGUACCAUCGACCUAUCACCUCUGCCUCAAAUUCCCGACCACCACAGGAAUUUGCACACUUUAUGGCGACCAAAGGAUAGCCCGAGUGUGCUCUGUUAUCGAAAAAAAGCAGAGGACGGCGGAGAACGCAUAG